UUUGGCUCAGCGUUGUUGCAAUACGACCAUCUUGGGGGGGAACAUUGCUCCAAAGACGUCAAGGCAUCAUGACGUCGAUGAACCUGAACAAGAAGACCAUCUCAGACCUAGAGGUCAAAGACAAGCGCGUUUUGAUGAGAGUGGAUUUCAAUGUGCCAAUGGACAAAGAAGGCAACAUUACAAACACUCAGCGAAUUGUCGGAGCCAUCCCUAGCAUCAAGAUGGCCUUGGACAAGGGUGCCAAGAGCGUCAUUCUGAUGAGCCACAUGGGAAGACCUGAUGGCAAACCCAACACCAAGGAUUCACUAAAGCCCGUAGCGAAGAAGCUCGAGGAGCUCAUGGGCAAGACAGUGACCUUCCUGGAGGACUGCGUUGGGGAGAAGGUAGAGGCGGCCUGUGCAGAUCCAGCACCUGGCUCCGUGAUUCUCCUAGAGAACCUUCGCUUCCACAUUGAAGAGGAGGGCAAGCGGACAGAGAAGGGUGACGAUGGUGAGAAGAAAGAAAUCAAGGCUGGCGAUGAUGAGGUCAAGGCCUUCCGUGCGUCUCUCUCCAAGCUUGGUGAUGUCUAUGUCAACGAUGCCUUUGGAACGGCCCACCGGGCUCAUUCGUCCAUGGUGGGUUGCAACUUGCCUGAAAAGGUUGCUGGUUUGCUCAUUGAGAAGGAGCUAAGGGCCUUUUCGCAAGUGCUGACUACGCCAGCUCGCCCAUUAGUUGCAAUUGUUGGUGGUGCCAAGAUCAAUGACAAGAUCAAGCUGAUUGAAAACUUGAUUGACAAAGCAGACGGCAUCAUUAUUUGUGGGGGCAUGGCCUACACCUUCUUGAAGCAAUGCUUUGGAAUGCAGAUUGGUAACAGCCUCUUUGACAAGAAGGGUGCCGACAUUGUCCAGGGUAUGCUAGACAAGGCCAAGGAAAAGGGCUGUGAGGUGACUCUGCCCAUUGACUGGUUGUGCGGCAAAGAGUUCAAGAAUGAUCAGGAGACAAAGCUUGUCACGCAGGAAGAGGGCAUUCCUGAUGGUUGGGAAGGUAUGGAUUGCGGACCAAAGAGCAUGGAGCUUUUUGCCAGCAAAGUGAAGGCAGCCAAGACGGUCGUUUGGAACGGACCUGCUGGCGUCUUCGAAUUUGACAACUUCUCCAAGGGAACAAAGGCAUUGCUGGAAGCAGUGGCAGACCUUCAUGCUUCAGGUGGUGUGGGCAUCAUUGGUGGUGGUGACUCUGCAACUGCAGCGGCCAAGUGGGGCAUGGAGGACAAGGUCUCUUUUGUCUCAACUGGUGGUGGUGCUUCCCUCGAGCUGCUUGAGGGCAAGGUCUUGCCCGGCAUUGAUGCACUUGCGAAUGCACCUGCCAAAUGGGAGGGCACGGUGACGGGAAAAUACCAGUGGGAUGACAAGAAGAAGUCGAAUACUGAUGCAGACAAGGACAUGAGCAGUGCUGGCGAUGCGAUCACCAAGUAUAGCUGGGGGGAUGGAAAGAAGCAGGUCAGCAUUUACAUUGAGUUGGAUGGCCUCGACGAUUGCACUGAUGAUAUGUUUCAGGCUACAUCUGGGGAGACCGAUGUUUCCCUCACCAUCACCAAGGUGGCUGGCAGAAAGCGGACGUUCACUUUGAAAAAUUUGGCCCAUGAGAUUGAUGGGGCCAAGGUCAACCACAAGAAGGGCAAAGGAAUGGUGGUGCUCAAGUUGAUCAAGAAGGAAGAACAACCUUGGUUCAAGUUGCAAGAGUCCUCCGGCGGCGGAGGUGAUGAUGAGGAAGAAGGUGGCAUGGGUGGCAUGGGCGGGAUGGGCGGCAUGGGUGGCAUGGGCGGCAUGCCAGGAAUGGGCGGCCUUGGCGGCAUGGACCUGUCCUCGAUGAUGGGUGGCAUGGGUGGCAUGGGUGGCAUGGGCGGCAUGGGCGGCAUGGGUGGCAUGGGCGGCAUGGACCUCGGUGGCAUGGGGAUGGACGACAUGGACCUUGGUGGUGAGGAGGAAGGCAAAGAAGAGUGAGUGCCUGCGCCUCGAGGCAAAGAUUGCAAUGGGAACAGCAAGAGGGCACACAGACACAGUCCAAUGAGUAGGAACAGGAAGCUUGAUUGAUUCAGCCUCUGCUUCUUUAGGCCAACCUCCUUCCCUGUGGAGGUUCUUUCUCUUGACUGCUUUGCACGCAGUGGUGGUGUGAACCAGAGCUGCUACUGUAGUCUGCCUCAAGGAAGGGAAAGCCAAGUAGGCAAGAUGGCAGCUCAAGAGGUGAUUGAGCGGGGGUCAAGC